CCCACACACACGUUCUUGCUCAUCAGCAUCUUUCAUUCUUGCUUUCUGUAUCAACAGAUUCAUCCAUACCAACACACACCAUUCCCCAAUCAACUCAUCCAACCACAAUCAUGCGUCCCUCUACUAUCGCUAAGGGCUACACCUUUUACCUGGGCACAGGCCCUACCUUCACCCCUGAGCCUAUCGUCGGAGGCCAUGACGACGCGACCAACACUGGCUCCUAUGAGCUCGUCACCCUGAGUGAGGACCCCAGCAAGGGUCACCCUACCGGCAUCAUCGAGCCCUCCGUCUCCAUUGGCACCUCUUCGAUCUGCUCGCAGGUCACCUCCGAGGUGUGCCAGGCGGUGUACUUCACUGAGACCUUCGCGGUCUCUACCCCGGUCGUCACCACUGCCAUGGAGACCUCGUCCGUCAUCUCUGAGACUGGAACUACCUCCUCCACCAAGGAGUCUUCCACCAAGACUGAGACGUCUGUCUCCUCCACUGGAAAGGAGACCUCCUCCGUCGGCACCGCGACUCAGACUGUCGUCACUCCCACUCCCUCCUCUGAGGCCUCGAAGACCGAGGUUGUGGUUGUGUGCGCCAUUGCCGGAGCCAUUCUCAUGUAUUUCCUUUAAGGAAAUCAAGUCUAGCUAUUCGGUCACUGGCAGUUCUUCACUUGGAAUAGCCGGAAUGGGAUGGAUGGCUUAAGAAAUUGGUAUGGCUAAGGAAUUGGAACUUCAUCAAGGACUACAAGGGUUUCAGGUUCUACAAGGCACAAGGUUUCGGAUGCAUCAGCUAGCAUUUACUUGACCCAGGCCUCAGUACAGAAAAUUGACAUUACCUCGUCACAAA